CGAAAAAUGACGUUUUAGAUGAAAUUGAAAAACUGUGCAAAGUUUCAGAUAUUUUCGAAAUGGUCACUCAGGAUCGACCCCAAAGUUGAGCGAAUCAUUUCGUUGGAGGAGCAAAUAUGUUUGUGGCUUACACUUCCGGCAAGCCCGCAAGAUCAACGGACGUCUUGAAUGAGGAUUGGGUGCCUUCAUUAGGACUACCUGAAUCAUUCAGUGAUAGCAACAGCGACAGUGUUUCACUUAUUUCGGAAUCGAGUUCCACAACUUCAAACAGUAGUCUUGCAAGACGUAGUAACGAUCACUUCUCGUCACAAUCAACUGAUAGUAAAAAUUCUUCUUCAUCCCACACACAAUCGAAAUGUUCGGUAAGAGAAUCAUAUUCAGGAUCGUAUCACAGUGGAUUUGUUACAGACGCCGAUGCAUCCGGGUCAAGGUUGUCAUCACGGACAAGUGCCAGAUCUACGAAAUGUGGUGAUUCUAUUUUAUCACAGUCUCUUGGAAGUGACAAUCUCAGUUUGCUUGAGGACGAGGACACGCAAACGAUUGUAAACUGUGAAAAACAAAUAUCCAUAGAAGAAGCAUCUAUCGUGUUAUCGAACGAUACUGAAAAUUAUGUGAUAAAACCCGCCGUAUUCAAAGAGAAUGUACCCGUUGCUGAUAAUACCGUUCAAUCCGACCUAGUAUCAAAUGACGACAACUCAAUAUUGAAUGCAUCUCUGAUUCGUAAAGAAGUCGGGGUGCAAGUAGGAGCAAGGUGCUUUCCGGCGGAAACUUUUACGCAGUACUACAAAGAAAUUAUACGUUUACAGGAACAUAAUUAUAGAUUAGAAAAUCAGAUAUCGCAGGCAUGUAAGGGAAUAGAGUUUUUAGUAGAUGAUGCCAAGUGUAAUUAUUAUACAGGGAUUGAAAAGCUAUCGAUAUUUGCUAAGCUUUAUCAGUAUUUGACACCAUCGCUUGAUGAACCAUAUUGCAAGUUCAGCCAAGACCAAAUGUUGGUUAUGACACUAAGUUGAGACUGAAUACCCAAUUCACAACAUUGGCCUAUGAGUAUAAUGUAUGUAUCAACACUGUAUCAAAUUUUUUUCAUAGGACAUUGUACGUCAUCUUCCAAUGUUGUCGAUGGGCAAUUGAACCCACGAAGAGGGAAAACUUGUCCCGGCACAUUCCAUCCGCAUUUCAUAACAUGUUUGGCAGUAAGAGAGUAUUUAUUAUCGACUGUUUCGAGGUACGUUGCCAAACACCAAGCGAUGUUAAGGUAUCAGUGAUGCACUUCAGUAAUUAUAAGAAACAUGAAACGAUCAAAUUUUUGAUAGCAUGCCAUCCGGAUGGUACAAUCGCUUUUGUAUCCAUUGGAUACGCUGGCAGAUGUUCCGAUCGUGAAGUUUUCAUUCAAAGCAAAUUCUUAGAUUUAAUAGGACAAAGGGUUUGAUAUUUCCGACCUUAUUAAGAGUAAGAAAGCCUCAUUAAACAUACCUACGUUCCUUAGAUGAAAAACUCAGUUUACUAUGAAAGAGUUAGAAGCUGACAAGCAAAUUACUUCGCUGAGGAUUCACAUUGAGCGACUAAUCGGA